UUAGCGGUCACGUGCCGCCCGGCGUCCAAUCGUCUCCCGGCGAGAGAGGUUUCGGCGCGCGUUCCCGUCAGCGGAGGAGGAGAAGCGAGGACAGUCGGCGGCAGAAGACCAAAUCAAAUAAAUUACUAAAAUACAGUUUAAGCGACGGUUUUUUUUAAAGAAAAAAAAAAUACAAUCUCUGCCUGUAAAAUCGUGACAAGAAAUCCGGAAAGUAUGUCAGAGGAAAAGCCAAAGGAGGGCGUCAAGACGGAGAACGACCACAUCAACCUCAAGGUCGCGGGGCAGGAUGGAUCGGUGGUCCAGUUCAAAAUCAAACGGCACACACCCCUCAGUAAACUCAUGAAGGCGUACUGCGAACGACAGGGACUCUCAAUAAGGCAGAUCAGGUUCAGGUUCGACGGACAGCCCAUCAACGAGACUGAUACGCCUUCGCAGCUGGAGAUGGAAGACGAAGACACCAUCGACGUUUUCCAACAGCAGACGGGCGGCCGCUGCUAAGCUCCCUUCGACCGUUUGUUUGACAGCCAGCCUCAGACCCGAGACACAAACUCGAACCCUCCGACCUCGCCCUUCUCCAUCGCUCCUCUCAGCUGUUAUUAUUAAUUAUUAUUCACUUAAGAUACGUCUGUCGUGAUGUGAUUUUUUUUUUUUUUUUUUGGGGGGGGGGUUCUCUGACACGUUCUGGGUGUCGGAUUUAGACCAAUGAUGCGUCGACGUUGUUGCCAGCAAGCGUUUUUGGAAUCGGCUAGUUUUUAGGGUGGUGCCAUCAACGUAAUUUGCUUUUUGGCUGUUUUUUUUUUUUUUAUUUCUCCAUUUUAAUUUUUAUUAUUAACUGAAUCUGUACAGAUGUCUCAGAAUAGAUGUGCCACAACUCUAAAAAUGACCAAAUGAGGCAUUCAAAGGAAGUCUGUAGUUUUUUUUUUUUUUUUUUUUUUUUUUUUUUUUUUUUUGCGUCCUCGCUGCUUCUGAGAUUUCCGCAUGUCCUGGAGGGGUGGGGUGGGGGGGCUGCUUCCAUACCACCAAGUAUUUAUUCGCACAUUAAGAGGAGGAUAUGAAUGAAUAGUCAGAAUAUUAUUUUAAACGUUAAACUUUUUUUCUGUCCCCCCCCCCUUAAAAUAUAUGUAAAAUGGCCAACAAUGAAGAACAUUAACUGCAAACGGGAGUGUAUUGGGGGGGGGGGUAUAGAGUCUCUUCAGGAAAUCCGAAGCUUCAGGUUCAGUGAGUCGUGUUGUGAAGUGGGAAUAAAAUUUCAAGCGGGUAUAAAUAGUGCAGAGAGAGAGAGAAAUCUUUUUUAAGACCUCAACAAUGUCCCUCCCUUUUCAUUUAAAUGUACAUCUUAAUUAUUAGAAAUAGAUUUUGCCUCAUCCCAAGUGUAUUUUUUGUGUGUGUGUGUGUGUGUGUGUGCGCGCCCAUUCAGUGCAUCUAAAAUAAAAACAUCGGUCCUACUCGGUCAACCCCCCCCCCCCCCCACUUCGUCAAAAUGAGAGCACAUUUUUUUUCUAGCCCGAAAUACAAUUUUUCCCUCCUGCGUCUGAGCUGGGUUAGCUAAAAAGAAAAAACUCAAUAAGGGGCCCAGGUCUUUAGUCAUUUUAUUUUUCUCUACUGAUUUGUACAUUAUUUGUUGUCUUUUACUACUGUAUACAAUAAAUAUAGUUUGGU